AGAAUGAGGAAAUAAGGUGUGGGAAGAAAAUGUUAGCUCCAUGCCACUAAAAAGUGCAUGAAGCUUUCUUAAUAAAAGCAGAAGACUGAUUUCUGUUCGGAAUCUGAUUCCAUGACUUUCAUUUCUUUCCCUCCAUUGUGGAAUCAGAAUUAGCUUCUUCUAACAAUUUUUCAACUAUAUUAUUUUUUAUACAAAUCUCCAUGCCUUAAACCAACUCUCUUCUUCCAUAAAUUCCUCUUACGCCUUCUCCUAGCCACAUCGACAUUAACACUCGCACCUACAAUUUUCUGUCUAAGGUCUAUCAUUCUCUUCCUACAAGCAGAGAAUGAAUUCUGAGGACUCCAUAAAGAAACCUGCCUCUGUUGGGCCAUGGGGAGGCAAUGGAGGGUCCCGUUGGGAUGACGGGAUAUACUCAGGAGUAAGGCAAUUGGUGAUAGUUCACGGGGCAGGAAUUGACUCCAUCCAGAUUGAAUAUGAUAGGAAAGGAAGCUCUAUUUGGUCAGAAAAACAUGGUGGUAGUGGAGGAAAUAAAACUGACAAGGUGAAACUUGAUUAUCCAGAUGAGUUCUUAACUUCAAUUCAUGGAUACCAUGGUAGUUUAAAUCAAUGGGGGAACAACUUAGUUCGGUCACUGAGUUUUGAGAGUAACAAGAAAACUUAUGGACCAUUUGGUGUCGAGCAAGGGACAUAUUUUUCAGUACCGACGACUGGGGCCAAAAUUGUUGGGUUCCAUGGCAAGUGUGGUUGGUACCUAGAUGCCAUUGGAGUCUAUAUGAAGUCGUUGAAGCAACCAAAUUCAUCCAAAAUUUUGGCUCAUUCGGGCCACAUGACUAACACUAAUGAGAGUUUUGGUUAUUCUUUGAUACAAGGAACUGUGAACCAGAACUAUGAUAUUGUUGUUGCUGUACGUCAGAAAGAUCUGAAAGAUGAUUUCAGUAAGCCUAUACCAAAACAGGUAUCUGGGAAGAUUUCUACCGUCCAAGAAACCAACAACAUUGAACACAAAGAAAAGAUAACACAUUCAGAAAAGUCAACAGCAAAGGUUGAUGGUGUAUGUGCAUAUGGUCCUUGGGGUGGCAUUGGUGGAUCUGCAUUUGACGAUGGAACUUAUAAAGGAAUCCGGCAAAUCAACUUGUCGCGCAAUGUUGGAAUUGUAUGGAUUAGAGUUUUGUAUGAUCAUGAUGGGGAUGCCAUAUGGGGAUGCAAACAAGGCGGGACAGGAGGAUAUAAAAGUGAAAAGAUAGUGUUGGAUUUCCCAUAUGAAGUCCUGACACAUAUAUCUGGCUACUAUGGACCUUUGAUGUACAUGGGGCCGGCUGUUGUAAGAUCACUUACUUUUCACACCACAAAAAGGAAGUAUGGACCAUUUGGGGAUGAACAAGGAACUUAUUUCACCACAAAGGCAAAAGAAGGUAAAAUUGUUGGCAUUCAUGGGAGAAAAGGUCUGUUCCUAGAUGCUUUUGGUGUACAUGUGGAAGAAGGGAAGGUAGUAGUACCGGUAGCUACUCAUCCGAAGGAAAUCAUCCCUAGAGAAACAAAUAUUGGUGAGAUAGGCAGUGCUCAUUGGCCUAACAAGCUGUUACUUUCUAAGGCCGCAGCAGCUGAAGAGGUUUCUUGUGGUUUGAUCAAAGAACCAGCUCCAUGUGGAGCAGGCCCUUGGGGUGGGGAUGGAGGUAGACCUUGGGAUGAUGGAGUCUUUUCUGCGAUUAAGCAAAUUUAUUUGACAAAAGUAUCAGAAGGAAUCUGCUCGAUUCAAAUUGAGUAUGAUCGAAACAGGCAAUCUGUGUGGUCUACAAAACACGGUGGUAAUGGAGGAGACACCAUGCAUAGGAUACAACUGGAGUAUCCACACGAGGUACUGACUUGUAUAUCUGGCUAUUAUGGAUCAAUCGGAAGGGACGAGAAUCAUACAAUCAUAAAGUCACUGACAUUCCACACCAGUCGUGGUCAGUAUGGUCCAUAUGGCGAGGAAGUAGGGAAAUUCUUCACCUCAACCACUACAGAGGGGAAGGUGGUGGGAUUCCAUGGAAGGAGUAGCUUGUACUUGGAUGCUAUUGGAAUCCAUAUGCAACACUGGCUUGGAAGUCAGAAAACUUCAAGGUCUUCCCUCUUCAAGAUGUUUUGAGUUUUUGAUCUAUGAUGCGUGAACAAAACAUCGGUUAGGCGAUUGGAGAAGUGUUGCAAGGAGUUUUGAAUUUAGUUUGAUAAUAAUAUGUGAAGGAAAAUAUGAAGUAUGCAAGGAGAAUGUAAUCGGAUUAGAGCUUGAUUACUUGUAUACUAUGAAUAAUAGUUUGGCGUGGUUUUCUGAUAAUCAGAGCAGUUUGCUUUACAAUCCUGAAUAAUGUAAUUUGUGUGUUGAUUUCUUAUACCUCAAGGUUUGACCUGAGAUUUCUA